AUGGGUGUUAUACCGUCCGGGCAAAGGGUGAACCAUUGUAAAAUUGACUGUAUGACUGACACAUUAGAAUUAACAGGUCACAGAGAUGAAAAUCUAGACACAGGAUCAUGUAGAGAACUUGUACAGAAUAUUCAGCCUGUGGAGACCCCAUCAGACGUCUCUGCAGGUCUCAGUGAUGAACAUCUAGACACAGGAUCACAUGGAGAACAGAAUAUUCAGCCAUCAGAUGUAUUUGUAGGUGUAAACGAUGAUAACAUUUUAUGUAACACGGAACAAACAGAGGCUCAGUGGCUAGCAAAUAUGCCAGAAGCUGCAAAGCAGGAAAUAUGUGACAAUAUAAAUACAGGUGUAAACGAUGAUAACAUUUUAUGUAACACGGAACAAACAGAGGCUCAGUGGCUAGCAAAUAUGCCAGAAGCUACAAAGCAGGAAAUAUGUGACAAUAUAAAUACAGGUGUAAACGAUGAUAACAUUUUAUGUAACACGGAACAAACAGAGGCUCAGUGGCUAGCAAAUAUGCCAGAAGCUACAAAGCAGGAAAUAUGUGACAAUAUAAAUACAGGUGUAAACGAUGCUAAAAUUUUAUGUAAAACGGAACAAACAGAGGCUCAGUGGCUAGCAAAUAUGCCAGAAGCUACAAAGCAGGAAAUAUGUGACAAUAUAAAUACAGUUGUAAACGAUGCUAAAAUUUUAUGUAAAACGGAACAAACAGAAGCUCAGUGGCUAGCAAAUUUGCCAGAAGCUGCAAAGCAGGAAAUAUGUGACAAUAUAAAUACAGGUGUAAACGAUGCUAAAAUUUUAUGUAACACGGAACAAACAGAGGCUCAGUGGCUAGCAAAUAUGCCAGAAACUGCAAAGCAGGAAAUAUGUGACAAUAUAAAUACAGGUUUAAACGAUGCUAAAAUUUUAUGUAACACGGAACAAACAGAAGCUCAGUGGCUAGCAAAUAUGCCAGAAGCUACAAAUCAGGAAAUAUGUGACAAUAUAAAUACAGGUGUAAACGAUGAUAACAUUUUAUGUAACACGGAACAAACAGAGGCUCAGUGGCUAGCAAAUAUGCCAGAAGCUACAAAGCAGGAAAUAUGUGACAAUAUAAAUACAGGUAGGUGUACUAGUGUGACGUGUGUCUGAGGG